AUGGGGGACGAUCCGGCACGGUUAUAUCGCUUGGACGGAGUCGCUCAUAUAGCCGGGGUCAUCAACAAGGAGCCCCAGCGAUGCAUUAGGAGCAUGCGGCGGCAGCAGGGCAUGCGACUUGAUGACAGAUACGUUCCGUACUUGCAGAUGGAAGGUCUAUACCAUCUUGCAAGGCUGAACGACCGAUGGUUCCGGCUAGACGAGGCCCUUGUCAGUGCAUUCGUGGAGCGAUGGCGUCCCGAGACGCACACGUUUCAUAUGCCGUUCGGAGAGUGCACGAUCACACUCCAGGACGUGGCAUACCAGCUGGGUUUGCCAGUGGACGGCCGUUACGUGAGCGGGUGCCUAUCGGAGUUCCAUAUAUACAUCGAGGGUGGCCGUCCAGCCUGGGUUUGGUUGCAGGAGUUGCUCGAAGUUAUACCUCCUCCCAGUCAGGUUCAGAAGUACGCAGUGAACUGCAGCUGGUUUCAGGAGACUUUCGGUGAGUGCCCUGAGGAUGCAGAUGAUGACAAUGUGCGCCGAUAUGCCCGUGCGUACAUCAUGAUGUUGUUGGGCACGCAGCUGUUUGCGGACAAGUCCGGGAACCGGAUUCACAUCAGAUGGCUUCCGUACGUAGCGAGCCUGGAGGAGCUGGGUACCUACAGCUGGGGUUCUGCAGCACUAGCUUAG